AUGCAUAACAACAUCUACCUUCCUCCAACCUCUUUUAAUUCAUGGUUUGUUGUUGUUAUUGGGUGCGGUGUUGCUAUUAUUGUUAUUCUUGCAUACAUGUACAUAUAUGGGACUGUUUUCCGUGCGAUUCUACUCUUGAACAAACCAAACGCCUACAUUCACUCGCCGUCGGCCUUCACGAUGGAUUGGCAAGGACAGAAACUAGCAGAGCAAUUGAUGCAGAUACUGCUUGUGGUAUUUGCAGUUGCAGCAUUUAUAACAGGUUAUGUUUUGGGUUCAUUUCAACUGAUGUUGUUUGUGUAUGCUGGGGGAGUGGUGUUGACAACUUUGAUUACAAUUCCAAAUUGGCCUUUUUUUAACAAACAUCCUCUCAAAUGGUUGGAUCCGAGUGAAGCUGAAAAGCAUCCAAAACCACAGGGGGCUGUGACUUCGGUUUCAAAGAAGAAGCCAACCAAGAAAUAGGCUAUGGCUAUUUUAUAUCAUAAUUGGGUCAUAUUGAAAUGAAAAUUGUGUUUUUUUUUGGAUUUGGUUGUGUUUUUAAUGUUUAGCUUGAUAAAUGAUAUAAUAGAUAUUAUGCAUCGGCUAGAAAAUUGAUGAAAAAUAUUUUAAAUGAGUAGAGGAAUUGAAUUUGAUCAUCUUUAGUAUUUUUUUUUUUUUUUUUUCAUACAAUCACAGUAAAUUAUUUUCAGUCUUUUUCUAAAUCUUGGACUAUAAAA